UCAAUUUACAUAUACAUCUCGACAUACAUAUGGAUUAGCUCGAAUUGGUGUUUUGGGUGAACUAGUUGCUUUUAUUGGUUUUAUAUCAUUAUCUAUUUCGGUUUUUCUUGAAAGUAUCAAACAUUUAGUUGAUGUGAUUUUUGUUAUACCGCAACAAGAAAAUAAUAGUACAGUUUUGCAUGCUGCGCAUAGUCAUCAGCAUAUUCGUAGUCUUAUUGAACAUCCAUAUUUUGUUCUUGGUAUUGGUUUGUAUGCUACUAUUUCAAAUUGUUUAUUAGGUAUUAUAAUACUUUAUAUUGUUAUAAAACGUUCAAUAAAAAUUGAGAAACAAUUAAAACAGAGACGAUCAAGUUUAAAACAGCCAUUACCAAAGAAAUUACUAUCAAAGUCACUACUUAUUACUGAUACAUUAUCAACUCGUCAUUCAUAUCUUCAAGUGUUAAACAUGCUACUUGGUCCAAUAGCUAUAUUAACUUGUGGAAUUUUAUUGGUCAUGUUAUCAGACAAACAUGAUGUUUUAGUUUUAUUAAGUCGUCUAGUUGAUCCAAUUAUUUGUUGUUUUCUUUUUCUUUCAUAUCUUUUUAUGAUAUUUAUUCCAAUUCGUCAUGUAAUGCAUCUUGUUCUACAAGCUAAUCCGUGUAAUCUCAAAUCUGAUGAAGUCGAAAAAAUUCUUUGUGAUUCUAUUUCCGGUAUUUUAAGUAUACAUGAACUUCAUAUAUGGCGUUUAACACCACAAAAAACUUUAGCAACUGUUCAUAUUGUAUUUAAUACAAAAGAAGAUGUAUUAACAAAAUAUGCAGAUAUUAAUCUUGUCUUUCAAACACUCCAUAUUGAUCAUGUUACAAUACAACCAGAAUUUUCAUUGCCUACAGAUGAAACUGAAAAAUUUGGUUGUCAUUAUCAAUGUUCAACAACUAAUACUGAAUGUGAAGCAUUACAAUGUUGUGAAAAUCCUAUAAUGAAUAAAAUAUCAUGA